AGGGGAGAAAGAGCUUGCGGCGAGGUAUGUGAUCUUAGAGCAGCGAGGAGGAUUUUCUAGAGAGGAUCAUGGCGGAGGAGGAGGCUUUCAGUGACGCGCUCGCCUUCCCGGAUGAGCCCCGCAAAGAGAUGAGUAGCGGGCGGAAUGGGAGCUUGAGGAACAGGAAGAAAUGCAAGGAUCGUUCGCUGGACUGGCAACGCGAGGAAGAAGCUGCUCUAGAAAAGGGGGAAAACGGGAGCCAUAGCCUUACAGGAGGAGAAGAGGAUAGUCACUCGGAGAUAAGCGAAAUCGAGCAGGCUUCCGACGAUGAAAUCGUCCAGCCAGAGCGAGAUUCGCGACGAGAAAGCUUGGACGGGAUCGGCGAGCUCGAGCAAGUUCCCAGGCAUGACACCGACGAGACGAGCUCCACAGAGACAUUAGAUGAAGUUGAUGGAGGAGAAAGCCACCACCCCGAGGUGAGCUUAGAACCGAGCGAAAGAGACUCGCUCGAGCAGGUUCCAACGCUUGACACGGACGAAACGAGCUUCACAGAUCGACUAAGAGCUCUUCGUCAAGCUGGAAGUGACCACCAGUCGGAGAUAACCGCAGAAGUGAUUGGAAGCGAAGAACUCGAGCAAGUUUCCAAGCGCGACGCCGGGAUUUUUUACGACGUUAUCCGGCCAGUUUUCAUGGAUUCAGCAGAAGAAGCUGGCGAGAAGCCUCAAGCAGCGAGGCGAGAAGUUUACAAGAUGCCGGACAGUGUCGACAAUGGCAACGAGAGCAGUCUCAUCUUCUGGCCAGCGAAUUUCAUCAUUCUUGCCGUGGCCUGGCAGCUCAAGGUCAUCUUCCUUGCGUGCACCACUGCCGUCUCCACCCUCGGGUUGCUCUAUGCCUUCGUCCUCGACCCGGUACAAAUUACCAGCGCUGCGGGAAAGAACCUCUCGGAGCUUUUCAACUCUCGCGUCAAGCCACUCGCGUCGGACUUCGCUCCACGGCUCGCCAGCUUCGUCCAGAGAUUUGGAUGGGGAGUUUUAGCGGUGACUUACGCCCUGCUCAUGCUCGCCUUCCUCGUCCUGCCCGUGCUACUCGUCGAGUACUUCUACGUGACCAAGUUCGUGGAGGUGCCUCUCGACGUCAAGGCUCCGCUCUACUUCAACUACACCGAGGCUCGCCCCAGCGCAUACUUUAGAUUCAUCUCCGAGGCCGGGACUGGCGAAGAGCUUUCACGGUGGCCGCCAGCAUUCUCCUGGGAUAAGCUCCGCGUCGGGGUGUCGUUAACUCUCCCAGAGUCAGAUUAUAACCGGCAACUUGGAAUGUUCCAGGUGGCAGCGGAGAUACUCUCAGCGCGGAACGAAGUCGUCGUCAGAUCCAGUCGCCCGUGCAUGCUCCGCUUUCAAAGCGUCCCGAUACGCUACGCAAGGACGCUCAUCUACUCAGUGCCGGUCCUUCUCGACGUGGCCGGGGAGUACCAAAUCCUGGAGCUGGAAAUGAUAAACCUGAGACGACCGCGCGCGAGUCCCGUGCACGUCGCCAGCGUGAAAGUUUUGCUGGAGCCGAGAGCUGGAUUCGGGCCGGGAUCUGGUCUUCCGGAGCUCUACGCGUCGGAGAUCCAGAUCCGUGCCGACCUGCCGUGGAAAAAGUCGCUGGUUUACAAGUGGAGGAGGACACUCUACGUGUGGAGCGCGACGGUGCUGUUCGUGACCGAGCUUGGCAUCGUCCUGUGCUGCUUCCGCCAGCUGCUCAUCCCGAAGAAAACGAGGCAGCGCCAACUCCAGCACAACAAUUCUUUGGAUCCGCCCUCCACUACAGCGUCCCGAAGAGCGAGAAGUCAAGUGAAGAAGCGCGUUUCGUUCCAGGAAAACUAGACUUUCCAGGUGAUAUACAAUCUUUCUCUCGGGUCUGCCUUAUAGUAGGACCGGUCACGAGCAACGAUCGGUACGUUUUUUUAUAUGCUACGAGAGGGAAAAUUUAUACCAUUGAAGAAGCGAGAGAGAUGCGGGAGCAUCGACGUCAGGAUGCAUUUACGAGGGUGAUGCUGAUGUCUGGAGAUCACAAAGAGCAAAAGCACGGAGAGGCGAAAAAAUAAUGGGCGAAACAACGAUCUCGCCAUGGACUUUGAACGCGAAAGUAGGAGGCCGAGCACCGAAAGAAAGGAAAAACUUCGCGAUCAGUUACAACCGCAUCCCCUUAAGUCGUCUGCAAGCUCUGGACAAAUUCUGGGUGGUCUUGGCGGGAUUUGCAGCAUUUCCUUUCGCUCAUCCCGGCCGUCGAAUCCAUCCGACGGCAGCCAGCAGAGCACACUUGUCCUAUAGAGAAGGUGCUGUAAGGUUUUUUUUGUUUUGUUUUUGUUUUUGUGAAUUUUUUUUUUUUCGUGUUUACGUGCUUGCUCUGCAGACAUGGUUGGUGCCAUUGCUGCCUAGCAAGUUGUUCGCCGGUCACCUCAAGAACAGGCUUUUGCUCGCUCCUUUUCUCGGCUCUUCCGACUUUAUUCUAAGUGGAAGAACACUUUGAUCCGGAAGCGCGAGUAAUCUAAUCGCUAGCUCCAAUGCUGCCGCGGAGUUUUCUAUCGAUCCAUCGCGAGAGAGGUGUGUUUGGCGCUUUCGAUAGCUCACGUCUGGCUAGAGUUUUUUUUGGAGAUCAUGGAUAGAAUUCACAAGAGUGUUAUUUACCUGUGGAAUGGAGAGUACAAAUUUUUCUUUUCUUUACACGAGAGCGAGGAGGAGAAACACAAAUGCUGCACGCUCGAGAGAAUCGAGAGUGUUAUUUGGAGGGCGCUAUCCUCUGAUCGAGAGAACCAAGCGAUAGAACCAAAAAGAAAACGUUGACAACGAGAAAACGAGAAAAGGGGAAAAAAC